AUAGAGUUCGAUUUGAACCCUAAAAAAACUCAGGUAUGCCAGGUCACAUGCACGCAGUGACAUGUUGCGUGCAUGUAUCUUCCAUGUGGGACCAAAAUUUUACUACUUAUGGCCCCAUUCCUUCUCUGCUCUGCUACUCCGAAUUCAAUCAAUCCCCCUGCCCUGCUUUUGGGUUCAAUCUAGCCUUCUCUAAUGGCGUCAAACCACUCGGUAAAGAUACUGGAAGUUUGCAAAGUUGCGCCCUUUAGCGAUUCGUCUGAGCCGUUCUCCGAGUUACAUCUCCCGCUCACCUUCUUCGAUGCAUUUUGGUUUAGAUUCUCUCCCGUUGAGCGAGUCUUCUUCUACCCACUCACCGACGACUCCUCUGAUCCAACUUCUUUCAACUCUGUUAUUCUCCCCAAACUCAAAUACACCCUCUCCCUCACUCUCCGCCACUUCCUUCCUCUCGCUGGCAACCUCACCUGGCCCUCACAUGCCGCCCAGCCUUUCCUCCUCUUCACCCCAAACGACGCCGUCUCUCUCUCCGUCGCGGAGUCGGAAUCAAACUUUGACCAACUAUCCGGCAACAAACCACGCAAGGCUAUUGAGUCGCAUCCGCUCGUCCCGAAGUUGUCAAUAUCUGACACAACGGCGUCAAUUCUGGCGUUGCAGGUGACUCUGUUUCCAGACCAAGGGUUUUCCAUUGGGCUCUCCACCCACCAUUCGAUUCUUGAUGGCAAAAGCACAACCAUUUUUAUCAAAGCUUGGGCUUUUAUCUGCAAAAACGGCGCCUCUCCCUCAUUACCGGCCCAUCUUACACCAGUUUUCGACCGGACCGUCAUUCAGGGCCCAGAUGGCCUUCUCAUGAAGUUCCUAGUCCAAUGGGCCAAUAUCCUGCGAGACCCAAAUCCACGAAACUUGAAGGUGAUGCCACAAAUAAAUUCUCCAGAGAACUUGAUUUUCUCUACAUUCGAGUUGACCCGUGAAGAUAUAAAGAAACUGAGAGAGAACGUUUUGUCUCAACUGAGUGAGGAAGAAGAACCCAAAUCAAUUCAUCUAUCUACAUUUGUCCUUGUUUGCGCUUACACAUUAUCUCUCAUAGCUAAAGCCAAGAACUUUGAACAGAAGAAGAAGGUUAUUUUUGGUUUUGCCGCCGAUGUCAGGACCCGUUUGGAGCCACCGAUUCCGGCGAACUAUUUUGGUAAUUGCGUCGCAAGUUUUCAUAAUACAUUUACUGAGGCAAAAGACAUGGUGGGAAAGAACGGCGUCGUCUUAAUCGCCAAGAGAAUCAGUGGGACGAUUAAGGGUAUGGAUAGAGGAGUUAUUGAAGAAACAAAGGGAGCGCUUGAGAUGUUUUUGAAUGUCGAACCGGGAACACCGGUUGUUGGAGUUGCUGGGUCACCCCGGUUCGAGGUUUACGGGUCGGAUUUUGGGUGGGGCAGGCCAAAGAAAGUAGAGACCACGUCUGUGCAUAAUACUGGGGCCAUUUCAUUGGCAGAGAGUAGUGAUGGAAGUGGAGGAGUUGAGGUUGGGUUGGCUUUAAAGGAGGAGGAAAUGGAGGUUUUUGCAGCUUCCUUUGCGGAUGGGCUGAGACAUUGAGAUCAAGCCUAUGUUUUCUAAGUAUGUUGUGAGGGUCAUCUGUAUUUUUAUUCAAUUGUACUAUGGCUAUGGCUAUGGCUAUUUUGGUAGAGUUAUAAGCACUCAAAAUAAGCUUGUUGAGAUCAAGCAGGAUUUAUGAAUACAUUUUGUACUAUCCUAUAAUAAUAUCUUUGCAUGC